GAGGUUAGGCAACGACUCCAUGAAGUCGAGGCUGAGAUCGAGAAACUGAUCCAUAGCCGAGCUAAUGGUACCGCACAUACCAAUGGCACUGUCCACCUGGCCGUACAGCCACGAGUUGCCCGACAUCUGUUGCACCUGCUGUCUGGCCUCAGUGCUAAUGCCAGCGCCAACGGCACCGGUAUCGAGGGUUUCCUGCAGCACCUGAGACAACACGAGGGAGAGCUCCGACAGCACUUGCAGUCCGGCAUCAGAGAUAUUGAGACCCAUAUCCAUGACAGGCGACAGG